AGGAGCCAGAAAUGGGGGCCAGGAGAGGCCUGGGUCUUGCCUUCUCUCUUGACCUCAGCAUUCAGCCCCUUAGGUCCCUUCCAUGCUUUCCUCUGAGCUGGGGUGAGGUCUCUCCCGCCAGAUACCAGGCUUGCUUAGCCUCUUGCUGCAGCCCCCAACUAUUACCCUCUUCCCAGGCUCAAAGUUGCUGCUCUUCUUGCUCUUUUUCCCACAGCUGAGGAAUCCCCUCAUCCUCAUAGGGACAGGUUUCCACCAAGACUUGGGGGGACCCUGUAGGUGCAAAAGUGACCAAGUUUGUCUCUCUGAGACAUUUCAUGCCACACAGGGUUAGAGUUUGGUGGGACCAUUGGGCACCACCAGGUACUGUUUUCCUUCUCUGAUUACAAGGCAAACCAGGCAUGCACCCAGCACGGGGCUAUGGGUGGAUGAAUACAGUGUCAGCCAGCUGCAGAGGGCCAGCCAACAGGGCUGAGCAUUUGGGAGUAUGCCUCUCCAUUUUUCUUGAGGAAGGCAGGCAGGCUCAAGCUGAGCUUGGAGUAACUAAUGGUUUGGAGAUCUAAAGGAUGGGUGGUUCUCCAGCUGUUUGAAAGUUGUUCCAGCUGUUGGGAAUGGCACAGAAGAAUGUGUGAACUUAGAAAAUGAGAUGAGGAGAGAAAAAUGUAGACAAGAAGCAUUUUAAUGGAGAGAAGUAUAGUUGAGGAUGCAGCAUGGCAAUGAAGAAGGAACCCAGGCUUGGGUGAAGGGACAGCAUGACUCCUAAUCUGAGCCCCAGCACUUUCUCAGCAGCUGUGUAAUAAGUUACUCAGCUUCUUUGAGCCUCUAUUGCUUCAUUUGUAAAUUGAAGAUAAUAGCUUGUGGGUCACAGGGUUAUUGUGACCAUUAGAGUUCACGAACAUAUAGCCCCUAGUACACAGAAGGCAUUCCAUAAAUGGUGACUAUUAUAAUAAGCCUAAGUAGAGAGCAACAUGAAGUCAGAUAGGUGGUGGAGAAGUAUGGGGAUAUACUCCAAACAAUGGGUAAGGGAGUUGGCAUUAGCAGUUGUAUGAAAAGACCAUGGUAGUGAGGCUAAGACAAGAGGAUCACUUGAGCCCAGGAGUUCAAGGCCAGCCUGGGCAACACAGUGAGACCUCAUCUAAGAAAAAAAAAAAAAAAGAUCAUAGCAGAGAGAGGGAAUUAAAAAAUUGAAAUGAGCUAGACUGGAUCUGACCCAAGCCUGGCCACACAAUAUGUAUGGCAGGGUGGAGAGGCUUAAGACUGGUGACCAAGAUAUUGUAGAACCACAAGGUGGAGACAGGAAAAAGAAGCAGGGGCAGAGGAAGAGAGCUGGAGGAGUUUGGCCUUAGCCAUAACAAAGACAGACAUAAAUUCAGAAGGAAAUCUCAAAGAAAGCCCCGUGAAAUCUUCCUGUGAAAAUGGGGAGGGAACAUAGAGUCUGAGGCUCAAUGUAACCCCAUUGAGUCCAGCCAGGCCCUUUUCCUCAAACCCUCCAAAAUACAAGGAUUUUCCUGUAGUUAGAAGAAAGGACAGGGAGGAUAUGAAGGCAGAAAGAGAGAGAGAGACAGGCUUGAUGAAUGAAUGUGUGUGUGUGUGCGUGCAUGUGUACACCAGAAUGAUUACAGGUUUUUGAAUAGUGGGCCUGGUCUCAGUUAGAAUGCAAAGUCUUUAAAAGAAAAGAGGCUGCCAAAAACAGUGUACAUACAAAGGCUUUAAGGUCAGAGGAAAAUAAAUUUGAAACUUGAUCUACCACUUAGCAGCAGCACUACAAUUGCUAUUGAGGCAAGUUACUUAACUUCUCUGAGCCUCAACUUCUUUGUCUGAAAAAUGGGGAUAAUAUUACAAGACUGUUGAAGGGACUAAGUAAGAGGACCUUAUUUUGUACUGUGUUUGAGUGAAGAGGAAAAUCUGAAUCUGAGGAAAGGGCCAAAGCCUGACAAAGCCAGAGAAGUUUUGUCUAAUUAAACAUUAGAGCACAACAUGCCUGAAGCAACACAGAGCAUAUCAAUACCUGGACUUUAACCCAAAGUCGUGAAAACACUUUGGAUUUCUUUUUUGUUGUUGUUGUUGCAGUUUGGCUGGGGCCAGGUUUGAACCUGCCACCCUCGGUAUAUGGGGCUGGUGCCAGGCACCGCCCAACACUUUGGAUUUCAAAAUCAGGUCACUCUCCUGGAUGUUUUAAAAAUGAAAUCCUUGAAGUACUGACGUUAACGUAGGGAUCAGUUUUCCUUCCAAAGGGGAAGGCAAAAAUCAAGAUCUCAGUGCCCACACAAGGAUUCCUAAAGGCCCCAAAAGGAGCUAUUGGCUGUGACCCAGAGGGCUCAAGAAGGUGUGAAUGAGGCAGGAUGAACUGGACAGGUUUAUACACCUUGCUCAGUGGCGUGAACCGGCAUUCUACAGCCAUUGGACGAGUAUGGCUCUCAGUCAUCUUCAUCUUCAGAAUCAUGGUGUUGGUGGUGGCUGCAGAGAGUGUGUGGGGUGACGAGAAAUCUUCCUUCAUCUGUAAUACCCUCCAGCCCGGCUGCAACAGCGUUUGCUAUGACCACUUUUUCCCCAUUUCCCAUGUGCGUCUGUGGUCCCUGCAGCUCAUCUUAGUUUCCACCCCAGCUCUCCUUGUGGCCAUGCAUGUGGCUCACCAGCAGCACAUAGAGAAGAAAAUGCUGCGGCUUGAGGGCCAUGGGGACCCCCUACACUUGGAGGAGGUGAAGAGGCACAAGGUUCACAUCUCAGGGACACUGUGGUGGACUUACGUCAUCAGUGUGGUGUUCCGGCUGCUGUUUGAGGCUGUCUUCAUGUAUGUCUUUUAUCUUCUCUACCCUGGCUAUGCCAUGGUGCGACUGGUUAAGUGUGAGGCCUACCCCUGCCCCAACACAGUGGACUGCUUCGUAUCCCGCCCCACCGAGAAAACCGUCUUCACUGUCUUUAUGCUAGCCGCCUCCGGCAUCUGCAUCAUCCUCAAUGUGGCCGAGGUGGUGUACCUCAUCAUACGGGCCUGUGCCCGCAGAGCCCAGCGCCGCUCCAAUCCGCCCUCUCGCAAGGGCUCGGGCUUUGGCCACCGCUUGUCACCUGAAUACAAGCAGAAUGAGAUCAACAAGCUACUGAGUGAGCAGGAUGGCUCCCUGAAAGACAUACUGCGCCGUAGCCCCGGCACUGGGGCCGGGCUGGCUGAGAAGAGCGACCGCUGCUCAGCCUGCUGAUGCCACAUACCCAGGCAACCUCGCAUCUCACCCCUGCCCCUGCUCUGGCGAGCCCCUCCUUCUUCCCUGCCGGUGCACAGGCCUCUGCCUGCUAGGGAUUACUCCAUCAAAAUCCUCCUUCCCUCUUCCUUCCCUUCCUCCCAAGGCCUUCUGUCUGAGGAGCUGGAGGGGUGGGGAGCUGAAGGCCACUGCAGACAUUGCUCAAGGUCAUUGAGGGUGUGGGUAGCUCUUAUUGCCUGUACCCCUUCCUCUUCCCUUUCCCUCUCCCUGGGGCCACUGGGGACAAGAGGUGGGAUGCUCUGACAGCAUCUUCAAUUAUGAAACUAAUCUUAACCCCAUGCUGUCAGACACCUAUUUCUGGAGUCACAUCAGUGGGGAGGGAUGUGGGCAACUGGAAUGAGGGGGUGCUGUGGACAUGUGGGUGGAGAAGGGAGGGUGGCAAGCUCGAAAAAAGGAGGAACAGUACUUGCCAGCCACAAGAAAAAGGAGGAUGUGUCUGGGGUGAGGGACUUAGGGAGGGCAAAGCAGGCAGAUAAGUUGGAGUGGGGGUUGGUCAGGGCUGCAUCUGCCUUUAGUCCCCAAGGCCUCUCUCUGCCUGAAAUGUUACACAUUAAACAGGAUUUUACA